UUGAGUAAAAGAUGAUCAAUAUAUUGUUGUUUGUCCUAUAUUUGUUGUGUAGUCAUGUUAGCCAUAAAGUUUAUGGAAUUCACACUAUACUAAAUGAAGACUUAGAGUUGGAGAAACAACUUAAACUUAUUAAUAAGUUUCCGAUCAAGAGUAUUCAUACCGAAUUCAGAAAUAUUGUUGAUUGCAUUGACAUUUACAAACAACCAUCAUUUGACCAUCAUUUACUAAAGGAUCAUAAGUUACAGAGAAAACCCAACCUACUAAAUGUUACGGGAGAGUCAAGUCAAGAAAAUUUAGAACCUAGAUCCAUCUUUGGAUUGGAUAAGAAUAAAUGUCCGAUGGGGACUGUUCCUAUACCGAGAACAAAAAAAGAUGACUUUAUUCAAGGAAAAUCAUUAUUAAAUGAUCAUAUAUUGGUUCAAGACCUUCUUGGUGUUCAUCUUGCAGAAGUUUCUCUUAAACCACAUUUUGGACCUUAUUACGGAGUAAAAGGAACAAAUAGUAUUUAUAAUCCACGAGUUGACACCAAGUUUCAAAUCUCUAUGUCUCAUUUAUGGGUUCAAAAUGGUCCCAUAGAAUCAACUAACAAAAUCUCAUUAGGAUGGCAUGUGAUUCCACAACUAUAUGGUGAUUAUGGAACCCACUAUUUUACCUCGUGGACGUCUGAUAACUACAAGAAGACAGGAUGCUACAAUAUUAAAUGUGCAGGCUUUGUUCAAACUAGCAAAGAAUUAUACCCUGGUAUGCGCAUAGGCAACCUAUCUGUCUAUGGAGGACCAACUUAUGCAGCUUCCCUUUCUAUUUCUCAGGAUGCAGUGACAAAAAAUUGGUGGAUAAGUAUAGACAAUAAGUCUAUUGGAUAUUUUCCAGCAAAAUUGUUUUCGAAUAUGAGCUCAGCUGAUGAAGUAGGGUGGGGUGGAAGAACAAGAACUCAUCCUGGUACCCAUAGUCCUCAAAUGGGGUCUGGAUAUUUUCCUGAUGAUGAUGCUUCUCACGCUUGUUUCUUUAAACAAGUUUCGAUUCAAGAUUCAUCAAGAAAAACUCGUGGAGCUAAAAUAUAUGAAACUCAUUCCUUUACUGACAAUCCCAAAUGUUAUGAUGUUCGAUACUAUGGCGAUUCAGGAAGCUACUACGGUUAUAUUCUCCUAUUUGGAGGACCCGGUGGUAAUUGUGGCAGUUAAUUUUUCUUUUCAAUUAAACUUUAGAUGAAGUUAAGAAAAUCUAUUUGAUUUUUAAUAAACUAGUUUUAUACUAUUCUUUUUUGUGCGAAUAGAUUAAUAUUAUUUCGGUGUAAAUGUUGUCCGGUGUGUCCUUAUUGCUCCUAGCUGUCUGGGAUGCUUGCUCUUCUCCAAUUGUUGUUGUUCAUACUAGCCAAAGGAGGGGGAGGUACCUGCAAAGAUACUCCGACGCUCAAGUCAGAUGUGAGUUAUGGAGCCUCAGCUCUCAAGAGAGUGAUUAUGAUACUGCUCUGAAAUAUUAUUUAGGGUCUCUAGACCUAGAGAGAACGUACCUGAAC